GACCAGGGCAGUCUCCCGUUUGCUUCACCGCCCCCUCCUGAAAUUAGACAACAGACUCCUGAGAAGGCCAAAACACCAACAGAGAGGAAAAGAAAAAGGAAAAAUGCCAGUGCGGAAGAUGGAGUGCAAGGAAAGCAAGGCAAGGCAGAUAGUGCCAAGAAGAUAAAUGAAUAUUUUAGGGGAGGAAGCCCAGGUCGGGGAACACGGAACUCCCCCAUUCCAAUGUACCCUGCGUCCCCCGUCAUGUUUGCCCAGUCUCCAAUGCAGGGGAGCAACAACAGUAACUCACAGGAGUUUCAGUCGAUGUUUCCAAAUGCGGGAAGCCAAAAUAACGACUCUUCAAUGAGGCCAGUACAGCCGGACACCAGUCACAGCCAACUAGGGAACAUGAACGCUCAGCCCCCGCCAAAUGAUGUGAGGGAUCAAAAAAUACAGGAAUAUUCAAAGCAAAUUGAUGAACUAAGAAGGCAGCUCACAGCCCAGCAAAAAUUAAUAGACAAAUACAAAGAGACACAAAACAGAUGUCUAGAAAAGACCAAGAAACUGCUAAUAGAAAAGAGUGAUAUGGAGAAGAAGGACAGGCGGCAACAUGCAAUGGAGAACAGGCUGCGGCUGGGCCAGUUCCAGACCCAGCGCCAAGGGACGUCCUUCGUGGAAAACUGGGUGGACGGAUAUGCAUUUACAGAUGUGAUAAAGCGUCAGGAAAGGAUAGGAGCAGAGCGAGAAGAAAUAGACCGACAGCGGAAAUUGUUAAUGAAAAGAAAACCUUCGACAGGAGGGACUAGCAGAGGAUCGAGCAAAAGUCAAGAUGGAUUCUUAAAGCCUGCCGAAAAAUCUCAAUUAUCUCUCGGCGGGUUUUACGAACAGGACGAGAUUCUGAAGCUGCGGCAAGCAGCACUUAAAAAAGAGGACACUGACUUACAAUCCGAGCUGGAAAAAUUAGAACGGGAGCGCAAUUUACAUAUCAGAGAACUCAAACGCAUUCACAAUGAAGAUAACUCCAGAUUCAAAGAACACCCAGUAUUAAACGAUAGGUACCUCCUGCUCACCCUUAUAGGAAAAGGGGGGUUUAGUGAGGUUCACAAGGCAUUUGACCUGAAAGAGCAGAGGGAUGUGGCUUGUAAGAUUCACCAGCUGAACAGGGAGUGGAAAGAUGACAAAAAAGUGAACUAUAUAAAACAUGCUGUACGGGAAUACAAUAUACAUAAGACACUGGAUCACCCAAGAAUAGUAAAACUCUACGACGUGUUUGAAAUUGAUAUUGAUUCAUUUUGUACAGUUCUAGAAUACUGUGAUGGCCAUGACUUGGAUUUCUAUCUCAAGCAGAGUAAGAGUAUACCUGAGAGGGAAGCCCGCUCUAUAAUAGUGCAGACAGUCAGCGCCCUGAAAUACCUGAACACGAUCACGCCGCCAGUCAUACACUAUGAUCUUAAACCAGGAAACAUUCUACUAGGACUCGGCAUGGUGAGUGGGGAAAUCAAGAUCACAGAUUUUGGUUUGAGCAAGGUGAUGGAAGGCGACACCUACAGUCCAGACCAUGGCAUGGAUCUCACUUCACAGGGCGCUGGGACAUAUUGGUACUUACCUCCUGAGUGUUUUGUUGUUGGUCGUGAACCACCAAAAAUUUCCUCAAAAGUAGAUGUCUGGUCUGUAGGGGUGAUCUUUUAUCAGUGUCUGUAUGGCAAAAAGCCAUUUGGUCACAACUUGUCACAAGCUGCCAUUCUAGAAGAGAACACAAUCUUAAAAGCAACGGAGCCUCAGUUCCCCUCCAAGCCUCCAGUCAGCAACGAGGCCAAGUCUUUUAUUCGUACCUGUUUACAGUAUAAAAAGGAGCUUCGUCCAGAGGUUCUUCAGCUAUCAGAACAUGAUUAUCUUAAGCCUGUAGCAAUGAAAUCCAAAGACAAGGCAGACUCGAUGUCAAUGUGAUUCUAUCUAGGGCAGUAGCACAAUAUUACCACUCAAGGCUUCAGUCACAAGUGCACGGAUAGCAUAAGAUUGUUUACAGUUGUUUGAAUGAAGAUGAUACAUGUGCUGACAUCUUCAAUUGUGGGCUGAUAACAAGUGCUGACCCCUACAGUUGUGGGUGGAUAGAUACAUGUACUGACACCUACAGUUGUAGGUAGAUGUAUAAAUGUGCUGGCACCUUCAGUUGUGGACAGAUAGAUACAUGUGCUGACCCCUACAGUUGUGGGUGGAUAGAUACAUAUACUGACACCUACAGUUGUAGGUAGAUGUAUAAAUGUGCUGGCACCUUCAGUUGUGGACAGAUAGAUACAUGUGCUGACAUCUACAGCUGUGGGCAGAUAGAUACAUGUGCUGACACCUUCAAUUGUAAGCAGAAAUAUACAUGUGCUGACAUCUACAGUUGUGGGCAAAUAGCUACAUGUGCUGACACCUUCAGUUGUGGGCCGAUAUAUACUGUGUUUGCUUCAGGACAAUGAAUGGACACAGUUAAGUUUGAGUAUGAACUUAAAGAUAAUGUGAAGACAACUCAUCCAGUGUCCAGUCCAUGUACUGUAUCUCAGCCAGUGGUAAUUACUUUUAUUUUAGAAGUUACCAGCGAAUUGAAGGAUGACAGAGCUUUCGAUGGUGCAUUCACAGUGCAGACGGUUGAAGAGAAGAUGGAUCAGCGUAAGAACAAACAGUUGCAAUAUUUUAAAGAACGUAGAAACAUUUCACCUUGAUAUUGAUCUUGAACUUGCCAUAUCUUCACUGCUGGUCACAAUCUUCGCCAUUGCUCAGUAUCUCCCAGUAGUAGCCAGUGGAGUUUAGGUCUUGUUCACUGCAGACAUUUUUAGAUCAUGGAUGCCUAUUUUAUCUCAUCUUGGUGCUUUGAACUCUUGUGGUGCCCCCUAUAGAUACUCCACACUAUGGCAGCAUGGGAAGGCACGGGGGUUAAGGAAGACUUGAUUUGGCCAAUUGACCUCCAUUGUAUUAUGGGUAUUUCGUGUAAAACACUUCAUGUGCUGGACAGAUACAUGAACAAACAUGCUAAUACAAGGGCUGAGAAGACACUGCUGGAGAAGUAUGCAUGGACUGCCAUCAUAGGAGUGUAUCUGGCACCCCUAGGACUGCAGAAUAGACUUGCCCAGGCAUGUGAUUAACAUUUCAGCAUGGGAGAGUUCAAUUUGGAUGCCAAGGAGAGGAAGGUUGUGAAGAGUAUCGAUUUGUGGAUGCAAGGGAUAUCUGGUGAGUGACGAGGGCUUACUCUUUAAAAGUAGUGGCCUUAAAUAUGAACACUUCAUAGCAGCUGUGGCCCUGAGCACAAACUGUUCUUCUUGGGUUACAAACUAUCCAAAGAAACUGAAUUGGCAUUUCAAGAAUACAGCGACUUCAUUUACAAGAACUUUGUAACGGGGAAAAUGCACGAUGGAUGCAGUGAAGCAAACAGACUGAUAUUGAUUGAGGAUAGAAACAAUGAGAUGUGAGUCACGGGAAAGAUGAAUAUAAAAGAGGACUUCCUAUUGGAUUACAUGGAAAAAAGAAAGAUGGAUUUUACGAGUGAAAAGAUUUUCUAAGGAUAUUUGUGAGGUGGAUGUAGACUGUGCUGUUUAAUACAUACCAUAUCAUCAUGCAAAAAUGUGUUUCGUUCAUAUAGAACAGGAGUAUACUAUUAUUCAUGCUUUUCAUAUGGACCAAGUGGUUGAGGAAGUGUCUUGUUAUUACUUGUUCUGCCAUCUUCAGUUGAUUUAGGUGGCUUAGUAUGUGCUGCCACCUAUUAGAAAAACUUAAAAACAGAUUUGGGUAAAGUGCAUGCUGUCGCCAUUAUAAUGAGAAAAACUUGUAAAACUUGACGUGUUGCAAUAUGAAGAAGUGAAAAUGACAAAAAAUAGUUAUUUCAUAGUUCUUGAAAUAAUUUUAGGAUUCUUUUUAUACAGAUGUCAUUGUAAGUGUGCUAUGAAAAAAAGAGAACUGUCAUUUUGUUUUGAAUUCUUAACUUUCAACUUUUUUAGCCCAAAAAAGUUCAUGUCACAACUAAAAUAAAAUUGACAAUAUUCAGUCUAUCUUUCCCCCCUUUUUCUAGAGAUUCUCCCAUCUUGUUUUCAACUUAGAAAAUAUACCAACGUUCAUAGAUAAAUGUUAAAUCAAGGAACGCUAAUACCACCCCCACCCCUCUCAGUAGCUUAUGAAAGAAGUUGUUUUACUGAUCUUACGUUUAUGUAAGACAAGGAUGUAUGUGGCGAGGGAGAGAUGACGUGGUAGAAGAUGUCAAAUCUUUAUUCCAUGCUUGCAAGGGCACUUUUUAAUAAAUGCUGGAGAACUGUU